UAAGACUCCCUCUCCAUUUUCUUACCAUAGACCGUCUUUAGCUCGCAGCACCAUUUUGGGAAGACGCGCUGUUUAAACCCUGUCUGCAGCAUUAUUUCAAUAGUCUGGGAAAAACAGACCCACAAUAGCUCAAAUCUUACAGUGCGUAUUUAAGAAGCUAGCUUUUUGUAGUUUAUAUUUAAGCACAAGAAAACAAGGACACCGUGCCGUACCUGUUAGCUAGCUACCAAAGCUAACCCGAGCUAGCUGAAAAGCUUUUCUCGACCGACGCCACAUUCAUUGAGCCAGCAAGCGAAGUCAAAAUGAGUGCACCCUCCUCCCAAAAAGUGGUCCUGAAAAGCACCACCAAGGUGUCCCUGAAUGAGCGCUUCACUAACAUGCUGAAGAACAAGCAGCCCGCAGCUGUUAGCAUCCGGGCCACCAUGCAACAGCAGCAUUUGGCCAGUGCCCGCAACCGCCGGCUGGCCCAGCAGAUGGAGAACCGGCCCUCAGUGCAAGCUGCUCUCAAUCACAAGCAGAGCCUGAAGCAGCGCCUGGGGAAGAGCAACAUCCAGGCCAGGCUGGGUAGGCCUGUGGGGGCUCUGAUGCGGGGAGGAGCUCCUGGAGGCAGAGGAGGGAUGAGAGGGAUGAACAGGGGAGGCCUUCGAGGACGGGCAAGAGGAGGAGUAAUGAGAGGAGCUCUGUCCCUGAGAGGGAAGCGAGUGGCUUCCACAGGCUUCCCCAUGCGGGGUCGUGGUGCUGCAGGCCGCCUGGCGAUGCGCAGAGGAGGCCGCCAACGUGGGGGACCGGCAGGCAGAGGAGCAGCUCUGUCCCGAGGAGCUGCACGAGGAGGAGUAGCCAGAGGAGGAGUAGCCAGAGGCCGCGGUGGUCUGCGAGGGCGCGGUGGCUUUGCCGGUCGAGGGGGUCGCGGGCGGGGCCGAGGCAUCGGCCGGCAGGAUGUGACUCGGGAACAACUGGACAACCAGCUGGACGCCUACAUGUCAAAAACCAAAGGACACCUGGACGCUGAGCUGGACGCCUACAUGGCGCAGGCAGACCCCGACAGCAUGGAGUGAUGAUGCAGACACAUGGAGAGCCACUGCACAACAGCUGGACUCACACACAGUGUAGCCGGGCUGAGAGAUGAUAGUGUUUGUGAUUUAGAGGAGAGUGGUGACUUGGAACAGCAACAGAUCAAGGUUUCACUUGAAUGUGCUUCGACCACUGCUCAAAUGUGCAUCAACCCACUCCUGCAAACCCCCUGUAAAUCUGGAAUAACUGUGUGAAGGGACCUUUCUAUACAUUAACUAACCCUGCUGUCAAUAGAAGUGUUUUUUAUCAUUUCUUUUUUUUUUAAAUACGACCUGAGAAACACUUAAGACAUUCGGGACAGGUCUCUGUAACGUUCCGUUCUGCAGGUGAUGUCUUUAACCUUCGUUGGAAACCUGUUUUGAAUGACACCUGUUAAUUUUGUACUCUUGUUUUAAAUGUGAUUUUAGCGUAAGUGUGCUCAGAACUUUGGGGAUUGAUUCAUUAGCUUAUCUUGGAAAUGUUUGCAAUGCAACACAUUUGUGAAAAGAAUGUAAGCAAAGAGUUCAAAGCCAAGUAUCCAUUUGUUAUUGUUUUGUAUUUAAAAGAUGUACUACUCUGUUUUUGUCACCCAUAUCUGCCACCUGUCAGCAUUGUUCAGUAGACCGCUGACAUCCUUAACCUGUACUUGAGAGCAUUUGUAUGACGUUAUCCAAAGCAAGUAAAAUAGGUUUUAAUUAAAAUGGAGUCUUUUUCCCUAA